AUGGCCAAGUUCACGCACGAGCAGAUGAAGAAGAUGACGCGCCGCCCCGAGUUCCUCCUCUUCAUCGGUGCCAUGGCCAAGCACAACUGGGACUCGAGCAAGUGUGUGCGCGAGUGGCGGGACGCUUUCAACUGCGUCGCUGGCAACCGCAACAAGGGCAGCGCCAAGCAAAAGUCGACGCUCAACUACCACGUCAUGCGCCUCGCGAAGGGCCUGUAA